AUGGCCCUCGUCGUGCCCUCCGCGCCGUUAGUCUUGCCGGCUCCACGGCUCCCUGGCGCUCCGGAGGACCUGAGCAGAGAGGCCUUGGCGAGUCCGGGAGAGAGUUCCGGCUCCCUGAAGGCGCCGAAGCCCGCGGUUUCCGACAGGACGUUGAACAUGCAGAUCAUCGAACGGGUGUCUCAUGUUUGCAUCUUGAAUUCCCAGUCGGUGAACCACGUGGAGGAAGCGCUGGAGGAUGAGAUCGGUUGCAAGUUGCUGAUCGCAGUCCGUCGGCCGAUGUUCGGCGUUAUUGGUCUGCUUGCCUUAUCUGCGGGAAGCCUCCUGGUGCUUUUCGCCAGCGCUGGCUUUGCAUGUAGCUCAAGCUACGGCAUGACCAUUGCAUCCACUGUGCUCUACGGAUUGCUGGCAAUGUGUUGCGGUGGGCUACUCCGAACUGCUCUGCUCUCCGAAGACCUCCACCUUGCCUUCAGCAAGCUGAGUCGCUUUGGAAGCGCUGACCUGCAGGGCGAUUGGUUGGCAAAGCGGGUGAUCGAGCGUCGUAGAUACAUCAUCUUCGCCCUGUUCCUAGUUGCCAACAUGUGCGGCACGUGGGCGCUUGACUUCUGGAGCUCAAUGGAGGACUGUGAAGAGCAGGGAGGUCAUCCUGGGCCUAUGAUGUACAGCGUUGCGGCCCUGAGUCUGAUCAGCUUUGUGCUGUCCAGCAGCCUUGUGGUCUUGGCUGCUUACAUUCACUCUCAGCUGCUGAUCGGCCUGGAUCUUAUCUUGGACUUCUGGGUGAGCGAUGUCGUUACCAAUGCGGACUUCAGCGAAGGAGUCCGCAGCUGGAAUUCCAUGCAAGCGCUCCUGAAGAGCGCUGGCCGCGAGCUGGGCAACAGCUUUCUCGCUUUGCAAGUGGCUGGUGGGCUUGGCUUGAUGAUAUGGCUGGGGGACGGCAUCACAUUCUUAUGGCGCCGAGAUCUUCAGGCUUUGCCUCUCAGCAUGGAAAUCCUGUCUGCCAUGCCGCUUGUUCUACUCUUCCUCCUGACCACGCGCCUUUGUGCACAUGGCGCUGCUCUCACGGAGAAGUGUCGGGCAAUUCCGGCGAUGGUGAAUCAAAUCCCAGGGCAAAGUAUCGACAUGCACCGCCAGUACCUCGUGCGGUUCAUUGCAGACAGUGCAGCAGGCUUCAUCAUCAGAGGCGUUACCCUUACUCAGGCGAUUUUCCUGCGGCAGGUGUACUUCCUGGGAACCUUGUUUUCCGGCUUGCUCGGCGUUCUCAUCCGCAUCUAUCUCUGA